AUGCCAGACGGGCCCGGCUCGAUGGUCGGUACCGCGCUCUCCUUCGUUCCGGGAGGCGCGCUCCUCUCCUCCUGGCUCGCCUCCCUCGCGAGCUGGCUGGACAGCGCGAGCGGCCCGACGCUGGAGAUCCCCGCGUUCAUGGGCAUGGACGGCGCCUAUGUCGCCGAGCAGCGGAAUGAGCUCUCUGAGUGCUACGGCUGGCUGCGGCUCGAGGGCCACGGCACGGCUGCGAUCCGGCGAACGGAGGCUCACAUUCACACCACCAACGCCGACUGGGCAGUGCUGGACCCGGACACGGUGCGAAUCGUGCCGCAGCCGGGACACGAGGCCGAGUUCCGCUUUGGGCCGCUGCUACUCACGGAGGGCGAGGAGGUAGGGUGCGUCCUCAUGCGGCCGGAGGACCCGAGCGCAGCCUGCGCGUGCAACAUGCGGUUCGUGCCCGAGGAGGACGAGGACGGACCCGGCGCGCAUGAACUCGUCGUCUCCGGCUCGUCGUAUUAUUUCGUUUGGGGGAAAUGGGUGCGUGCGUACGUCAACGUGCGUGUCAUACCCCGACAGGUCUGCCACAACGUCUUCCUGGGCUCGGCCGUAUGUGUGAACGCGGCGGCGGUUGCGAACCUCCGAGUGUCGCAUGUCUUGAGCAUCGUCGAUCGGCGCAUGGCGGCGCCGCCAGGCACGACACAUCGCCUCUGCCGCGUUCCGGACGAGGAGAGCGCAGACCUCACGCCCGUAAUGCGCGUCGCGCUGCCCUUCCUUGCCGCGGCUCUGCGCUCCGGCGGGCACGUCCUCGUGCACUGCGACCGAGGCGCCUCACGAUCUGCCUCGGUUGUCAUUGCACACCUAAUGCAACACCCCGUAAAAAGCCAGUGCUAA